AUGGCUCCAGGAACUGUCCUCCCAGCACUCGGCGGUGUGCUCGUCGCAUUUCUACUAUAUGCCUUUCUCUUCAUCGGACGACGCGAAAAAGGCUUGCCCCCUGGCCCGCCCACCGCACCCUUUAUCGGAAACAUUCAUCAAAUCCCGACCAAAGGUUCUUACCUGACUUUCACAGAAUGGGCCAAGACAUAUGGCGGCAUCUUCUCCCUCAAACUCGGCCCCGGAACCGCCGUCGUCCUCACUUCUCGUCAGCUGGUGAAACAACUAAUCGACAAGAAAUCAAACAUCUAUAGUGACCGACCUCACAGCUACGUCUCACACAAUCUGAUUACGGGCGGCGACCAUGUCCUGAUCGCACACUAUGGAAAAACUUGGCAAAGGUAUAGAAAAGUGAUUCAUCAGCACUUCAUGGAAUCAAUCGUGAUGCGGGACCAUUUACCCCUGCAGCAAGCUGAGGCGAGUCAACUGUUGAAAGAUUUCCUGGAGCGACCCGAUCAGCACAUGGACCACCCCAAGCGCUAUACCAACAGCAUCGCAUGCGCCACCAUCUGGGGCGUGAGGUCUCCCACAGUGGACACCCCACACAUGAAACGCCUCUACGACCUGAUGGAGAAUUGGUCCGUGGUCAUGGAACCGGGCAACACCCCUCCCGUCGACAUCUUCCCCUUCCUCCAUUACGUUCCGGAACGGCUGUUUGGAAACUGGCGCUCGCGAGCCAAAGACGUGGGAAAGGCCAUGAAUGAUCUGUAUAACGAUAUGUUGACAGGUCUUGAGAAGCGCAGGCAAGCCGUGGGGAGCAAGUACUCAUUCAUGGACAGAGUCCUCGACCAGAAGGAGAAGCUCGAAUUGAGCCGCCAUCAACUCUAUUUCCUGGGAGGCACAAUGAUGGAAGGAGCAAGUGAUACGUCUUCGAGCAUUGUUAUCGCGGCCAUACAAGCGUUCACCAAGUGGCCAGAGGUCAUGAGGAAAGCGCAGUCAGAAAUCGACAGUGUGAUGGGCGAGGAUCGAUCUCCCGUGUGGGCAGACUAUGCGCAGCUGCCCUAUGUGGCUGCAACGGUGAAGGAAGCUAUGAGGUGGAGACCAGUGGUGCCUUUGGCCUUUCCCCAUGCGGUGGAUGAAGAUGACUGGAUUGAUGGGUACAAAAUCCCCAAAGGUUCUGUGAUUUUCAUCAAUGCCUGGGGCAUGCACCACGACCAGAAGAGAUUUCCCGAUCCAGACACCUUCGAUCCAGACCAUUACAAGGGCGUCACAGCGCUUGCUUCGGAACUGGCUCAAGCAGUCAACCCAGACGAUAGGGACCACUAUGGCUACGGCUCCGGUAGGCGUCUGUGUCCAGGCAUCCAUCUUGCGGAGAGGAAUCUAUUCAUUGCCAUCUCAAAGCUGUUGUGGGCGUUUGAAUUUGCGCCUGGGAAGGACAAGGAUGGAAAGCUAAUCAUUCCCGACACCGACCCGACAACGGGAUACAGUGAAGGAUUCCUGGUGUGUGCGAAGCCCUAUGCUUUGGAGGUCAAGGUAAGAUCGGAGGCAAGACGAGACACUAUCCUGAAGGAAUAUCAAGAGGCCAAGCGGGAUGUGUUUUCAGCGUUCGAUAACUAG